AUGCCCUCCCCAUUGACCGUCCUCAAUGCCAUCUCCAACAUCCUAGCGCAGCUCAUCGACCAGCGCAAGAACACCGUACCGUCAAUCGACGAUAUCGUGCUCGAGGAUUUCCCAGUCCCAAAUACCAACUAUCGCCAGUCUUUCCUCGGCGACAACAAGCAGCUAAGCACUCACCCGCUUCCGCAGAGCUUGCUGAUCUCAUAUGAUUUGGAAGAUCGUCACAGUAUCGCCGAAUUCGACUAUACAUUUGAAAAGCCAGCGCGUUUGAUCGGUCUGACAAAGGCUGUUUUGUACAUGUCUUGCGAGGACCGCGACGACUUCAUAGCAUUUGUCAUUCAGGCUAGCAUUAAGAGAUAA